AUGUGGUCCGGCCUUGGAUUCUCUGUACUCUGCCUGGUGCUCUGCGUCGUCAUUCAUGGUGCAAGUAAGUUGGAAUUGCUCUUGUUUGGACUUUUUUGCUACUAAAAAUUAUUUUUGAAACCCCUAGGCAGUUAAUUUUGCAAUUUUUGCGGCUUUGAAUUUCGCACUGUGCAAUCUUUUACAAAUUUUUUUCGCACCAUGCGGAAAAUUUUUUCAGUCAUUUUUCUGCACAAUGCAAUAUUUUUCUGUCUCCGCACUGUGCAAAAUCGACUUUUUGCGGCUGCACCGUGCGAAAACCAGUCCUCCGCGGAUUGCACCGUGCAAAUGCAAAAGUUUGUCGCAGCGAUUUUUUCAUGCACUGUGCAGUCCAUUGCCGCCAAUUUGCGAUGCAAAAAGCACAGUGCGCUUCUCUUGGUCUGCCCCUGCACUGUGCAAAAAAAGUUUUCAAUCGCCGCACAGUGCAAUCUCGAAUCUCGUCUGUUAGGAAAAUAAUGUGGAUUUUUAAAAUCUCGCGCAUCGUCGUCGUUGUUCACCAAAUUUCCAGCCGCGGCUAGCCGUUUCGCAAAACUAUGAGAGCCGAUUCCAAGCCGCGACGAAUCCACAUUAUUUUCCCGACAGACUGAUAUAAUAUGUUUUGUGAUUUCUCGGAAUCUCCAGACGACUGAUCAAAAAUCUGAGACUUCGAAUACUCCAGGCAAAACUACGCAAUUCUAAUUACCCGGAGGCUCAUUACAUCGGGUUUUAAGGGGGUUUUCCGGGAAGCUUCAAAUUGUUUAUUGGAAUAAAAAUAGAUUUCAAGAAUUUUGAGAGGGAUUUCUGACCCUUCUGAUGUUUUCAUUGUAUUCUGGGAAAGUCUAUAUUGUACAUACUAGACAUCAAAUUUUGACAUUUAUUUUCUCACUGUAUUGUGAGAUUUUUAACUUUUUCCUACUGUAUUUUGAUAUUUUUUUAUGUUUUCUUACUGUAGUUUCUCUACAAGUCAAAUUGAUUGAGGGCUUUGAGUAAUUUUACAGUCAGUUAUAGCCAUUGUCUUACUGUAAUUUUCAGUUUGUAGCCUUUAUUAUUUUCAACCUUACAUCCAGUUGUAAUUAUAAUUGUUCUCACGCUCGCAGACAGAAGUCUUUCUCAUGACUAAUUGAAUGCAAUUUUAAGAAACUAAUCAAAAUCCCUUAAUUAAUUUCAUUUGUGACGCACCCUCACGUUUUCGCCUUUUGGCAUAUUGUAGCGUAUUGGUAAACACAAGCCGGAUAUAUGGCAAACCCACGUUUUCAAUUACCCUUAUUUUUUAUAUCGAAAUUUAAUUGGAGCGCACAGUGCGAAAAAUAGCCGCGUUUUGUCCCGCGCACUGUGCACUUGUUCUUUGAGCAAUUAGAAAUAAUAUCUUAUUAUAGAUGCAGCCACGAUUUUUACCGUAGGUGUUUGGCAUGCCGGAAAGUAACGUGGGAUAACAGGAAAUGCUGAUGCAAAGAUCGUAGCAUCCGGAAAUUGCGUAGAAGAAAAUAUUGCACAGUGCAAUAUAAAGUAAUGGGGAAUGUGCAUAGGAAACGGCUUGUAGACAAAGUAUUAGGUAUUUAUAUCUAUUAGUUUUCUUCUAUAGACCACAUGAUAUUUGUUUUAGCCCGUUAUUUUACACACAGCCUAAGAAUUUUCAAUUUUGUUAUCUUGCACUGUGCAGUAAAACAUCCCCCAAUUUAUGGCCGCACUAUAGGUUGUAAAUGGCAAAUGGCAUAGCAGAAUUAAGUCUCGUGGUAUAAUAAAUCAUUCUAAUUGCUUUUGUCAUUAUGCAAUUUCCGUACAGUGCGGAAAUUAUUGCUUCUCUAAGUUGCGCAGUGCGGUCAAACUUGAAGUUUUUGCACGGUGCAAACUCAUGUUUUCUACAAAUUUUCUCUUACUGUAGCUAUUUAAUUGCCCUCUUCUUACCCUCUGCUUCGGUCAUUCUUUCGUAUGAGGUCUAUUGUCUGACGACAUUCGCUAAUUUCUACAGUAAUAUACGUCUGCUCUUGUAAGACUUCCAAUCCCCAUUUUUCGCACACUCCCGUUGCUCACAGGAUUUCCAGACAUUGUUCGUAUCCUCCAUUUUUGAUGGGAGUUCAUCCCCGAUUAGCCGGAAAAGUAUGCAAAGAACAGCUUCGUCCAAAUGUCGGCGCGGGGUUAAUACGGGCGCAGAUUAGUUGGUUUCGAGGGUCUUUAAGGGGGUUGUAUCCCAGAAAAAUUGGAUAUAUGAUGGUUCAGACAUAUUAAGCCGUGGUUUAGCGAUAUCAUUGGGGGUUUUGAAUUCCGGUGGGAUUAGUUAUAUUACAGUAGACAUUAACGUAUAGAUUUGGGAUUUUUGGCUAUUCUGCAGCAAGUAGAUGACUGUUUUGUAACUAAACAGCCUUAUUAGCUCAUAAACUUUUCAAAAAUAGCAAUUUGCCCUUAGGGUUUUUUCAAAAUUUUCAAAAAAUCUCAAAAUUUCAAAAAUUCUUAUUUUGAUGGAUGCACCAACUACAUCAUCAAAAUCACCUUGCAUACUCUCUGUACAUCAUAUUUCCAACAUUAAAGCCGUAUCAGUAACACGCACUUUUCUUAAAAUUCCACUAGACUUGUUUAUCCGCCAUUUUGAACUCUGACGUACGGUGCAAUUGCUAAAAUUUCCGUUUCGUGAUUUUACACUUUUUUGCGACGCACUGGCCAAGUUUACACUGUCAAAUGCACAACCAUGCGGUCCUGAUGCAAUUGCGUGCAGUUUCUGACAUUAAGGCGACGAGUCAUGUUGUACUGUAAAUGUACCAUUUCUCCGCACUCAAUUAGCCCGCUUAUGUAAUAAUUACUACGUUUAUGCGGUAAUUUCCGUUGAUUCGACGAAAACACAGUGGUUUUUUUUCACUUCCAUUAUCGGAUUUGCGUAGCACUUGACAUGCGUAGAGUGCACUCGAGAUACGUAACAAGGACAUGUAUGGUACAUAGGAUGUUAGAUAGUCGUAUUUGGGGAGAGAUUAUAAUACUUGUAUGACUCUAGGGAACAAAGUUUAUGGUUGAGGGAUCUUUGGAUUCAGAGAUUAGCACUGUGCAGUCAAAAAAUCUAAAAUGUCUCUGCACUGUGCAGUUGUAGAAACCAUAAUGUCGAUGCACUGUGCAGUCAAAAAGCAAAAAAAUUUUUUCGCACUGUGCAAUCAAAAAAACGAACUAAAAUUUUGAUUUUCAGCUUCAUCCAGCGAAUCGCGUCAAGCCCACCUUCCAUAUCAACUCCCGGGCGCUUACAACCUCGUGGCGGACAAGUUGGAUCCCAAAGUCCUCGAGAUGGAGUUGGCCGGCCAGUUGCCGGUCCAAGAGAAGCCCGAACCCGACAACGACACGCCGCUAAUGUCGCCCGUCUUCGAGGGCGUGGAGCCGCCGCCGGUCCCCCGGCGACAGGUCUGCUGGUGUUGUCGGGCCUACGUCUGCCACUAUCAGCGUUGCCCCUGCUCUAAGUUUAUGUUGUAA